UUCACGCACUUUUUUAUCAGUCAAUUUCCAUUUCAUAUUUUAUAUCUUCUUCCUGCUAGCUCUGCAAAGAUAAAAUAUAUAAAAAAAAAACUUACUAAAAAAAGAAAUAAAUAUGCAACCGACAAGCGGUGGUACCACCGGCGCCGGACUAUCACGGUUCCGUUCAGCUCCGGCGACAUGGCUAGAAGCAUUACUUGAAUCAGAAGAAGAUGAAAUCAUUGAUCCACCAAAACCUAUUCCAUUAUUACCGCCUCAUACUUCCUCAGCAACUGCUAACUCUUCUUCCAGACUUACUAAUAAUAGUAAUACUACUAAUUAUUUUGAUCAUAAUAUUAAUAGUAGUAAUAGUAAUAGUAUGUUUGUACCUAAUCCGGUUGGUCUCCGUAGUCAUGACCGGCAAAACAGUUUGCCGGCGGAAUUCCUUUCUCAAAUCAAUACUUCCGAUGCGUUUAUGUCCAAUUACUCUACCGGUGGUUACCACGUCGGUUUGGAUGAAUCACGCGUCAAGUUCACUACACAGCUGAGUGGAGAUCAAAGUGCGUUGUUGGAUGUUGAGAUGGACAAGCUAUUGGGGGAUUCUGUGCCGUGUAGAGUACGGGCAAAGCGUGGUUGUGCGACUCAUCCACGAAGUAUUGCCGAGAGGGUUAGGAGGACUCGAAUUAGUGACAGGAUAAGGAAGCUACAAGAACUGGUUCCAAAUAUGGAUAAGCAAACUAAUACAGCAGACAUGCUAGAGGAGGCAGUUGAGUAUGUCAAGUUUCUGCAAGGACAGAUUCAGGAACUGAGGGUGCAUCGAGACAAAUGCACGUGCUUAGUUAAGUCUUAGUUACAAGAAGCCGCCACUGGUUCUCAACAUGGUCUCAAGGAACAACCUAUGCUCUUUAUCUUGUGAAGCUUCCUUCGUUCAUUGCUCUAUGAGUUAACGGAACACUUGAUAUCUGUUGUUUUCAUGUUCAGGAAAAUGCCAAUUACAGAACUCAGAAAUGAGUAAAAUUAGGAGUUAUGUGAUGGUGGUCAUUCUCACUUGUAUUAUGAGUUCCAUAUGUAUUUUUAGGGGUAGGAUUUUGUUAAUUAGUAUGUGUAGUAGUAAACGUAUGUAGGAAAAAUGGCCGCUUGUGUAUGCUCGCUGUUGCUAUUUACUUACUCAUCUUCUUGGAUGAAGUUGGAGCAUGUAUGUCACAAUGCUUGCUGUAGUGCAAAAAGUGAGCUUGUGGGAGACUGGGAGUGUACAAUGUUAUUGCAGUACAAUGUUAUCGCGGCAACAGUUUGUAAUGAAUUUUUCUAGGAUGUCAGCUUUAAUGACAUAUAGUGGGAUCUCUCAUGUUAAAUCCAA